AGGACAAACACGAUCAAGUUGUAUUAACGAACAAUGUCGUCAACAUGGAUUGUCAAGAGAGUAAGAUUUAGACUUCUAAUGUGUUUUAACUCGGUACCAGGUUACUGGGUUAUGUUUAGUUUAACGUUUCCGUCAAGAUGGCCGUGUUAAGUGACACAUUGAAUGAAUUCGAACCCAUUUACCCUAGUUCAUCACACUGUAAAGCAACUAAACCGCCUAUAAUGUGCAGAGAGGCGAUAUUCCUUAGCAUUGGAAAAUUGUCACCAUUCUGGGCCCAGUUGUUCGAAGGCCGAUUAGCGCUUAACCCGGGGUUAAUCUCGGAUAAUUUUCUGUGCUAUUUUUAGAGCUUCCAAUCAUCGAACUUGUAGACAAAAAGAACUAAAACUGAAAUGCCAUCUGAAUUUAAAUCUCGCACUAACCCUGGGUUAUCUUAACCCAGCUUUGAACAACUCGGCCCUGAUUCAAAAUCAAUCAGCAAGACGUAAUGUAAUUUUAACUUUUGAUGUGACGUGAUUGUGCAAAUGAAACCUCUCUGCCAGUACCUCCAAAUUUUCUUCUUCGUCAUCAAUAUUUCUCAAAGUCUUGAAUUACAUUCCAAUUAUUCUUGCCUGGAGUGAUGGAUACGAAAUGGUUGCUUAGCAACGUGGUUCAAACCCGACUUGGUUACCACCAAAUAGUAAAUACUCGCUUACCAUUUAAGAAGCCAGCAACCGCCCUCCCGCCAUCCCCUUCCAAAAAAGAAAGUUGUCGCCAUCUUGAAGAAGGCGUUAACCAUUUCAAAAAGACUGUAUAACUUUCUCAGCCUUAGCAUCGUGAUUACUCUAGCAAGUACAGUCAAACCUGGUUAAUAUGGACACUGAGUGGGCCAUAGAAAGUGUCCGUACUUAAGCGGGUUAAAUUUAGAGAAAAUAUAAGGGCUUUCUUUCCCCAGGGAAGAGACUGGACUAGGGUAUAAUUAUUUUAAUGUUGCGUGAUAUGGAAUUUUCUGGGAAAUGCAACUGUCGAGAAGCUAAUGAUAUAAACACCCAGAACUACAUGUACCCAAACCAGCGCUUAAGAGAGUGUUAUGGUGUUGUUCAAAAUAGCCGUUUGGCCGCUGUACCGGUCGCUUAUAGCUACGUUGGAGUCGGUAUUUACAACGUACAUACAGUACCGCUCAAAAGUAAGUUACCACCCUCUUGCGAGACGUGAAUCGCGUCGCACGCUACGCGAUUCUUGUAGCGCAGUACGCGAUUCUCGUAGCGCGCGAUGGCCUAAAAACUGUAAGUAUCGUGGCCAAAAUUAUUGAGCGAUUUAACCAAUCAGUGGUAAAGCUUGUAUGCAGUUGUCCUUCCGCACUAUACCGGAUAUAUUUGAAAGGACUUUUCCUGAAACGCUGAUCGAGGUUACAUUAAUCAUAAUAGUAUUUUCAUGGUAGCGUUACGUUUUUCAAAUGUAUUCGGAUUAGUGUCGGAAAAAUCUGUUUUUCUUCCUUUUUUGGCCAAACCAGAGAAGCACAAAGGAAUGCGUUUUGAAAUUUAUCCGGAUUGGUUUGAAUCGAGAUCAUUUCAUACGGCUUUAUCAAGUUUAUCUGUUUUCAAAUUUAUCCGCAAUAUUUUGGACGGAACCUUAGAAAUACAAAAUAUUUGUUAGUUUGCUAUAAAAGAUUUAGAUAAGUUUUUCUUGCAAUUUUUGAUAAUAGCCUUUUAUAACAUUGCAAAUUUAUACAUAAUAAAGUUAUAUUAAGAGAAUGGGAAUUUGUUAUUCCAAGAAAUUUUGACAUAAGAACAAGGACUGGCAGCUUUAGAUCUUUAACGGUUAAGUAUAAAUUUUGUUUCAUAUCUACUCGAGUUUCGUGUGUUUAUACCAAAGGAACCCGUUAGUACCGCGACUAUUGGGCCUUUAAAACCCUGCAAUAGUUAUUCCUGAUAAUCUGUCGAUCAUCAACACUCUAAGACUGUUAUUUACGGGCUUUGAAUGACUUUAAGGAUAAAAAGCUGCCGUUAGUCUGUUAUACUUUAAUAGCGACCUAGGUUACAUUAUCUUAGAGCAUUUUUCCUUGAACUUAUUGUUUGAAAAAUUUGUAUUGUAAGACAUAUGAAACUUAAAAUUUUGGAAAGUAAAUUGAAUUAAACCCUGAACAGAAC